AUGAGCAGCUACGUCGAGCUCUCCGGCUUCGGCCGGCCCCGCCGGGGAUCCUCCGCCGCGAGCGACACGAGCAGCGCCGGCACAGUCACCCGCGGACAGGACAGAGAACAAGAGCUAGGGAGCAUGUACGACUACUUGGCCAAAAUCAUACUGCUAGGUCCAAGCGGGACUGGAAAGUCCUGUCUCCUCCAUCGUUUCGUCAAGUCCGAGUGGCGCGUGCUAUCCUCCCAGACUAUCGGCGUCGAGUUUGCCUCCAAGAUCAUCAAAGUCGGUACCGGCGCAAGGAGGAAGCGAAUCAAACUCCAGCUUUGGGAUACCGCGGGCACGGAAAGGUUCAGGUCGGUGUCGAGGUCGUACUAUCGGGGCGCGGCGGGCGCGAUACUGGUGUAUGAUGUCACCAGCCAUGCGAGCUUCAACAGUCUGCAGCCUUUUCUGAACGAUGCGAGGGCGCUGGCGAGUCCGAAUUUGAGUCUGUUGUUGGUGGGGAAUAAAGUCGACUUGGCGGCUAGCCAGACGGGAGCGUACUCGGAUUAUGAGGAUAAUGAUGACUGGGGGAGGGACAAUAGGCUAGGAGUAGGGGGUGGGAGGGGUGGGGGGUUGCCGACGCCGAGCAGUAUCGCCAGUAGCAGUGUUACUUCUUUUCAGACUACGACGACGACGAUGACGGAUCGGACUGAGCAAGGGGGGAGGGGUCAGCAGACGCCGAUGGUGCCGAGUUCGUAUUCUAGUAUGUCGACUAUUCACCCGGGGCUGGGGUCACAACUGAAGGCGACGAUUGCGCCGGAUGGGAGGGAGGUCGGCGCGGUUGAGGCGUCGAGGUGGGCGAACACGGUGAACAUUCCUGUGACGAUGGAGGUUUCGGCGCUGAGUGGGGAGGGUGUGGAUGAGGUCUUUGGGAGGUUGGCGAGGAUGAUUUUGACCAAGAUUGAGUUGGGAGAGAUUGAUCCUGACAAUCCGAUGAGUGGGAUUCAGUAUGGUGAUGCUGGCGCGCUGUGGAAUGCUGGCGCAAGUGAUGGCGGGAGCAUCAAGAGCACUUUGACGGCUGAUGACGUUGGCGUCGGGGGAAGAAGGAGAAGAGGAAAGCCAAAACGGAUGGGACAGGGUGGGCUGAGAGAAUGGGAGGAAGUUUUCACGCUGACGGGAAGGAGAAGAAACAGGGGGUGUUGUUGA